AGCUCCGCCUCGGGCCCGGCGCAGCCUCUCGCAGCCCCAGACCGUUUGGGUGUCUCCACAGUCCUGGCUUAGGGGGUGCCCUGAAGGCGGCGGAGUCUGGGGCCAAACCUAGGCUGGGGCGUCGGGGGCGUGCGGUCACGGCGUCGGGAGGCAGCCCCGGCGUGCGCAGGUAGCGUCCCAUUCUGGCGGACUUGGGCCCGUAAGCCCCGUCCCUCUGCGGUGCCGUCCCGCGCCCGGGGGCUUCACGUGCCCGCGUCCCGCCCGCGGCCGUGCUCCGCGCCCGCAGGGGCUGGGGGUUCGGGCCUCCCCUCGGCAGCCUCCAGCCCCGCCCGCGCCUCUGGGGACCCCGCCCUCCGGGCCGGGUGACCAGGCCGUCGCCUAGCGACGGGACGCUGGCGGACGUCGCGCCCGCGCUGCCGCAGGCAAAAUGUCCGAGGAGGAGAGCCCCCAAGAGUGCGGGGAUCCUGUGCAGCGGGACCCCAGGGUCCCCCCGGAGAAAACCAGCGACUGCUACCGCGUGAGCGAGGCCCUGCCCGCCAGGUUCAACAACCCCGCGUGGUUCCGGGGCUACAGGUCCAAGCAGGCUGUCUCACUGUACAGGACCAGUAACCAGACGUACGGGAGCAGAGCCCCCACCGUGCACGAGAUGCCCAAAGCAUUUUAUCCAAAAACGUAUAAAUUUUCCAGACAACUUGCAGCCUGUGGAAUGUUCCGGGACAACACUUUGAACGUGUACAUGGACAAAAGCCUCGUGACUGGCCCCGACAACUAUAUUACCUCCUUCGACCCGCUCAACUUCCACCCCAGUUACAAUGUCAACAAGCCAUCCGUCUGCGAGUGAGGGGUCUUUUGGCUCUCCGGGGGUCUUUUGGAAUCAUUGUCCCUGAUGCUUGACAGUUUGCCCAGGUGUAAAGGAACACACUUUGCUGUUUUCCCUGAAAACAUUUUUCCUCCCUGGAAUAGAAAAAUAUGCAAACGAAGCCGUGAAGCCCUGCUUUCUCUAUUUGAUAUCUAAGACGUACAUGGAAAAGAUGCUCAUGGUUGACUUUCCAUUAAAAGCAUCAUGUCCUGAA